GAGCACCUUGAUCUUAAAAAGGAAACAAGUUCAAUUCGAUUAAAAUUGUCUCCCCACUAUCGGAAGGCAACCACGAAGCUUCCUUCCUUUCGUUAUCCUUCUCUCAGAAGUUGUAUGAGUUGUCCUUGUUUUUGCAUUGGAACUUGAAGAUGUCGAGUGGACCGGUGAGGAGAGUCUCACGUCAGGAUAUACAGUUGGUACAAAAUCUUAUAGAACGAUGCCUUCAGUUAUAUAUGAACCAGAAGGAAGUAGUGGAAACUCUACUAGCUCAGGCAAAGAUAGAGCCUGGUUUCACUGAACUUGUUUGGCAAAAGCUUGAAGAAGAGAAUCGAGAAUUCUUCAAGGCUUAUUAUUUGAGGUUGAUGGUAAAGCAUCAAAUUAUGGAAUUUAAUAGGCUGCUUGAGCAACAGGUGCAGUUGAUGAGUCAAAUUCAUCCAACUGGAGUUGCUCCAAUACCUAAUUCAAAUGGCUCUAAUGUCCCAACUUUGCACCAGAAUUCAGUAUGCUUUCCUGCAGAGCCGAGUGGACCCAAUAUAAAGCUAGAAAACAUGCACCAUCAAAUUGGUUCUGGUUUACCCAAUUCAUUUACUAAUGGAGGAUUGUCAUUAAGUACAAGUUUGCGGUCCUCUGUUGACAUGUCUGCCCGAGCGAACAGGAUUGAUGCCCAACCUAAUUUGCUUUCAACUCAGAGCAUAGGUCUUAUGCAAGGGAUGAAUGGGGGGAUGAUCAAAUCAGAAGUGGGAUAUUCAGGAAGUUCCUCAUCCCCUUAUAUGUUUGGCGCUGAUGGCAAUGUCCUGGAACCACGUCCAUCUAUUGCAGAUGCAUCUGUUACAUCUUUUAGUAGUGUAGACUCCACCUCUCAAACCCUGAAUGAAUCACUUUUAGAUGCGGACCCAUCUUCAUUUGGAUUUUUAGGUCAGAUUCCCCGAAACUUCAGUCUCUCAGAUUUGGCUGCUGAUUUCUCCCAGAGUUCGGAUAUACUGGAGAGCUAUCCUCGGUCACCAUUCCUGGGAACAGAUGGUGAUAAUUUCCUGGAUUCACGUGAAAGAGAACAUCAAGGAGAUAACAGAAGGUUGGACACUAUCUCAGAAGGCAUAACUUACGAAGAUUUUGGAAGUGAAUAACCUCCAGAAACUGGUCCGAGUUGCACAUAUAGAAACAAGGGGAUUGUAUAUAACAUAUCAUAACCGGAGGUGCAUUGCAGUUAGAAGCUGAAUUUCUCAAAGAUAUCAUUGGGUUUGUGUAAGUUAUCUUGCUUAAAUAUGUAGUGUUAAGACUUCGUAUGGAUUGUUAAGAAAAUAGGAGUUACCACCAAUGAUUAAACUUCCUGGUAGUCACCAAUGUUUGCAAUUUAAUUGUUUGUUCGGCUUUUUUUA